AAUUUUGUAACAUUAUCAAACCUUCACUAUUUCCCAGGAGCAAACUUAAAAUAAAAUCUUGAUUUUAUGGAUUGCCUAACACACAACAAUAUGAUUGCUGAAAACAGACAAUAUUCGUUCGAUUCACAGCGAGUAUCUUCACCUGAAAUUGAUUCAUCAAGUUGUUCAUUACAUCGAUCUGUUGAUAGUUCUAUGUUUACAAGUCAUGAGCUGUUUCUGCAACAACAGUUUCAUGGAAUGGAAAGUUGGAAUUACGAAAAUUCAAAUCUAGUUGGAUCAAAUAGCAACAAUAACUUAUGCGACCAAUUACAAAUUGAAACCUGCGAUGAAUCAACGCUUGAUUCAGAACCGACUCCCACCUGGGAUAAACAUACCACAACCUACAGAACUCAAGACAAUACGCUAAAAUUGCAAAUUUGGAUAGACGACAAUAAAUUAAGUUUCAAAUUACGAAAAGACCGUUUGGAAAGUACAACCGAAUUGGUCAAUGUGAUAUUAUUCAAGUUAAAGGUUAAGCUUAAUAUGUACCCUGACCGUUUACAAAUUACAUUUAAAGAUCAAUCGUUAAAUCCAAUUUCAUUAUUUGAACAUGGAGAAACUCAGACACCCGAGUUGCUACUCGAAUAUAUUCAGUUAAAGAAAACUAUAUAUAUUCGUGCAAUUAAGCAGGAGGGAUAAAGU